AUGAAACAACUACUAUCUAAAACAAGUGAAAUAAUAUGGGGACCAAAACCUUCAACAAAAGAAGAACAAAAAUAUUUAAUUAAAACUGAUUUUUUUAUAUUAUCAAUAGUUUGUUUAAUUUAUUAUAUAAAUUAUCAAGAUAGAGUAUCAUUUAAUUUUGCAUAUGUUUCUCAAUUAAAACAAGAUUUAGGAAUGAAAGGUAAUGAAUUUAAUUUAAUAAAUACUUGUUUUUAUAUUGGUUAUACUAUUUCAAUGAUUCCUCAUAAUUUAAUUUUAUUGAAAAUUAGACCAAGAUAUUGGAUUUGUUUUUGUUGUUUAUGUUGGUCUAUUUUAACUUUGGGGAUGUAUAAAGUUACAAAUUAUAAACAAAUUUGUGUUAUUAGAUGUUUUUUAGGUAUAUUUGAAAGUGUUACAUUUGCUGGAGUUCAUUUAAUAUUGGGGAGUUAUUAUGAUGAAUCAAGAUUAUUAAUAAGAACUGCAAUUUUUACUUCAUGUGGACUUGUGGGUUCAUUAUUUUCUGGUGUAUUUCAAGCUGCAAUAUAUACAAAUCUUGAUGGUCAUUUAGGUUUAAGAGGUUGGCAAUAUUUAUUUAUUAUUGAUUUUGCUAUAUCAAUUGUUAUAAUAUUUUAUGCUUUUAUAUUUUUUCCUGAUUCUCCUGAUAUGGGAAAACCUUUUUAUUUUACAAUUGAAGAACAUGAAAUAGCUUUAAAAAAAUUUAAUCAAAAUAAACCAAAACAAGAUAAAUUUAAUUGGAAUAUAUUUAAAAGAAUUUUAGGAAGAUGGCAUUUUUAUUUAUUUAGUAUUUUAUGGGUACUUGGAGGAGAAAAUGAAUCAUUUGCUACUAAUUCUAUAUUUGCUUUAUGGUUAGCUGAAAAUAAUUAUACUAUUGUACAAAGAAAUCAUUAUCCUUUAGGAAUUUAUGGUAUUGGAAUUUUAGCUACUAUUUUAUCUGCAAUUAUAAUUCAAAAUAUUAAACAGUUUAAAGCUCAUUAUAUUACAGGUUUAAUUAUUGGAAUAUUGGUAAUUAUAUCAUCAAUUAUUCAAGUAUCUAAUCCAUAUUCAGAUGUUUCAGUAUUCAUAGCUCAAUAUCUUUCAGGUACAUCAUUUGCAGGUCAAACGGUGUUUUUUGCAUAUGCUAAUAUCAUAUGUCAUAAUGAUUUACAAGAAAGAGCUAUUGUUUUAGCUUCAAUGAAUAUGUUUAGUAAUGCAGUUAAUGCUUGGUGGUCAAUUUUAUUUUAUGGAGCUGAUACUUAUCCAUUUAAAAAAGGUAGUUGGGCAUUAUUAAGUACUGGUAUUGCUAGUUGUAUUGUAGUUGUUGUUAUUAAAAUUUUAGAAGUAAGGGAAAAGAAAAUAGAACAAAUUAAAAAUAAUGAAGAUGAAGACGGUGAAAUAAGUGAAAUAAGUAAUAAUGUUGAAGUAUUAGAUGGAGUCAGUAAUGAUGAUAAACGAAGUAUCGAAAAAAACUCUUUGAAUGUAUAG